GGGCGCUUGGCCCUCGGGCCGGCGCGGCGCUCCCAGCUGGGACGGGGCCGUGCUCGGGAAGGGGUCCCGGCGCCUGACAGGCCCUGCGGGGGCGGCGACCGCGGCCCGGCGGGCCGUGGCUCGGUUCGGCUGCCUGGAGCGGCGGCAGCGGCUUCGUCGAGGCUGCUCUGGCCCGGCCGUGCCUCGGCGGGAGUUGUCGCGUAACCCGAGCCGGUGGCUCUGGUGCAGCUUCGGCGUGUGGGGAGGGAGGGCGGACGCGCCUGUGUCGGGGUCUGCUGUUAACCCGAGCGAGGCGUAAAAUCCUCGGCACGGCGGAUUGGGGCGGAGCAAACCUGGCCCCAUUCAGGGAGGUGUUUAUUGCCCGGAGCUGGGGGACCUUUCAGCUGCUGCUGUUCCGUCAGAGAAGGUGGAAGUUCUAGUGAAACCCCAGUCUCUCUAAUGCAAGGGUCUUUCCAAAUCCCGGCAGGUGUGCACAGCACGCAGAAGUCGAUUUGGCUUAGAGUAAAUCAGAGUUGAGAGUUAAUUUGGAACAAGGCAAAACAGUCUCGGAAACAUUAAUGUGGGUGAGCCUGGUUUUCAAAGGAAAACAAAGUGAUGUAGGAUUAGCUGCACUGCAGUUGUUACAUGUUACGGAAUCCUCAACAUCUGGAUCAGAAUGUGCCUGAGCUUCGUUGCCUGUCCAGGGACAGCUCCGAACAGUUCCAUCUAUCCCAAGGAGCGAGCUGGGAAAAUACCAUGAAAAUGUGCUCUUCGCAGCUAUUGUAAAUCUGCUGCAAAAAAUAUUGCUGAUCUCUAGAGAACAUAGUCACUUCAUUGCUUAAAAGAAACAUCAGAACCAAAAAGUCCAACAAUUUGAUGAAGAGUGGCUACUAUUUAAAAAAAAAAAAAAAGUGGACAGAUUAAAAUGGACAGUGGUGAUGAAGUAUUACCUUGGUAGUAAAUAGUAUUGUAAUAUCAGAAGGUUCAAGAGCCCUCUUCCCACUUGGUGGAAAUCAUGGCUAUAUAUAUAUCAUCAGUCUCAAAAUAUAGGCUGAAGUUUUUUUAUGAUGAUAGUGACAUCUCAAAGUUGUCAGAUGUUCAGCGAAUGUGGCUAUUUAGCAUUAUAUAAUGGGGAUGUUGUGAAAUUUGUGCACAAAAUAAAAGUUUCUGAUCGUUACUUGUAAGAUCUUGUUGGUUUGGUAUCACCAAGAGGCCCCUUUGUUUUAUUUAUCUCGCACAAUAUUUUUGUUGAUACUGAAAUCAUAGACACAUAGAAUAGUUUGAUUUGGAAGGUACCUUUUGAUCUUGGCUUAUCUCCAGUUUGCCUCCUGGUAACUUUUUUUUUUUUUUUUUUUUUUUUGCAUUCAGAAAUGGAUACAUACCUGUAACUACUGUUGUGGUAAUUUGAUUUCAAGGGUCAAGAUUUAGAGAUUAUUUCUAUUGAGGUUUCUAAGGGUUAGGUGAAACUAUUUUUAUGCAUUGAUAGUUGUUUCAUUUUGCCCCAGUCACUCCCACACAGGCAAACAUUUGUGAAGAAGACAGUUAAGAGAAUAAGGGACAAAUGUGUCACUUGGACUUCAGUUUCAUAUCUGCUUUCUUUGGAUAUUUGCUCAAAUAAGAGGCUCCUUUUUCUUUCUAUAAAAUGCUAAAUAUGCAGUUCCAAUAAUAUCUCUGCUGCACCAUGCUGACCACUGAGAAUGAGUUUGUAGUGUUCCUGGUAUUGACAUGUGUGUCCAUAUAUGUACAUACAUCUAAAUAAAUUGAUUUUAUUUUUAUGCUAAAAUCAUCCACUCUUUGAAGUGAUUUUCUGUUCAUCAUGUUGUGAAUCUUGGUGAGAUAAAAAUAAAUCCUUUUGAACUUUUGUUAGACAAAAGUUUGAAUUAGUAAAGCUUUACUGAACUGAGUGUCAGGGGUUACUGCUUUGCUCCCCAGGCAGUUGGUGAUGUUGUGUCCCGUAGCACUGCCGGAGCUCUCACCUGCCCAGCAGGAGCUUUGUGUAUGGUUUCUCUGUAGCUGUACUUUGGGUAGAACGUGGCCUGUCUGGCUGCAGAGAAGGAAUGAUGACCUUCACUGGGGCUUUCUGGUAUCUACCAACACAAAAGUGCAAGAGCUAAGUUUUCUAGUAACUACAGUUCAGCCUGCAUUUACUGCCUUCUGUUUCUGAGGAAACGGGGCAUUUCCAGCAUUUUUUGAGGUAAAGUAAUGAAGUUUUAAAUUGUUGUGUAGUCUUCACCUAACUGAUUUUGUAUUGUAGCCUAAACCAGACAUGAAGCAGACUGACUUUCAAGGCUGUUUUUCAAUUAAUAAUAGGCCACGUGCACCUCUUGUUGUGUGCUUUCCUACAGAUAAUUUGGGCAAACUGCUUGUAUCUUCUUUGGUUCCAAUGGGCACUUCGGAGGAAGUGAAGAAUUAAUGCAAAAACCAAUUCUACGUAUUUGCAUAGUGCUGCUUGUAUUAUUAUAAGUUUGUUGUACUUAAAAAUUAUCUCAGUUGUUGGGAGAUAAUUAUUGAGAGAGGGUUUUUUACCCUCUUUUAGUUUUGGGAUUUUUUAAUGGCUGCAAAAUUGAACUCUUGUUUUUUAGCAGUGGGGUAGCUUACCCUGCUUUGGGGAUUGGAGUACAGCAGAUUUCAGUACAGUAGCAGUGCUGUGUGGCACGUCGUUUAAGGCCAUCCAAGGGCACUAUGUGUUGACUUUUAAAGGAUAAUUAAUAUUUUACUGUUAUGAGAGGUAUAAGCUGAUAAAAUGUUCUAUGAUCACUCUCUUCCCUAUUUUCAAAGAUUAUUUCAAGAGUGUCUUAGAGACUCCUCUAGCCUGUGACAUAAUUGAUGGCAGUUUUUCUUUGAUACAACUAGUGUUAAUUAGCGUGGCUUCUGUACAUAUGAAGAGUGAUGCAAAUGCAGUCUGAAAGGAGUAAGAGUGAUGAAGAUGGUUGCCCAAAAACUUCUACGAUCACAGCUGAUGAGGUUACAUUCCUAGGUUAAAAUUCUCUUGAAUGAUGAUAUGUAUGUGCGAUGAUGUCUUGAGUUCUCACAGAGAUGGUGCAGAUACUAACCCCUACAAAAUGCAGGGGAGGAGUGCACGGAUUUAUACAAAUACCUGUUUAUUGUCUUGCCUUUUCUCUGUAUUCUGAGUAGUGCAUAGUGUAUGGAGAGAGUGUGACAGAAUCAUUAAAGUUGAAAAAGACCUCUAAGAUCAUCGAGUCAAAUCUUUAACUGAUCACCACCUUUUCAACCAGACCAGAGCACUGAGCGCCACAUCCAGUCAUUUAACACCUCCAGAGAUGGUGAUUCCACCACCUCCCGGGGCAGCCUGUUCCAAUGCUUAACAACCCUUUCAGUGAAGAAAUUCUUCCUGAUUUCCUACCGGAACCUCCCUUACCUCAGGGUGAGGCCAUUUCCUCUUGUCCUGUCGCUUGUUGCCUGGUAGAGGCAUUUUUGGUGUCAUGGAGUACUUUGUUUUGUUUUUGUCUUAAUUUUUGCUAUGACCCUCCUAGAUUUUCUGUGUAUUCUGUUUUCAGACGUGCUACAACAGUAAUGGUUUGUAAUGUGGUUUUUUUCCCAAGGAUUCCUUGUUGCUGCACUAAUUUAAGAAAAUGCAAGGGAUCUUUUCUCACACCUUAGUGUGAGUUAAAAUGAGUAUAAUUUUUGUCAUUCAUCUGGCUAUGGGAAUGGUGAAUCAUACUUCAGUGAGUGAAGGAAAUUAAACAGGUGCAGACUUAGAAGCAGAAACUAAUACUAUGUUGGCAGACGCACAGUUUCGUGUUAUAGUUAUACGAUGCUUCUCCCCUGCUACUGUAUGAUGUCAGUAAAAUUAAAUACCUAACGUGGUUUGUCAACAUCUAUUCUUGUUUUUUAAAUUAAAUAAGAGUUUUCAUAGAACAUAAUUUUUAAAGGAAGUUUCUUUUGAAAUCUAGUAAGAAAUGUUAAAUGCCUAUUACUCUGAUGUUCACAGGUUACUUCAAUAAACACUUUUGUUUGAGGACAUAGGGCAGUGAUCCACUACUACUAAAGCCAUUUUGUGGGCUGCAUUUGUUGUAUAAAACCCUGAUGAAUAAAUGUAAUGCAGGUGCAAAGAGAAUUUAUAUGAUUCUUUUGAGUGUGACUGGAUCAUCUCCUACAGAAAUAGACAGGAGGCUCAAUACAUAGCCCUUCUAGGACUUAGUGAACUUGGUAUCCAGUUUUGGCCUGUGCCUUCAGCCAGUUUCUUGGAUACAUAAUAGCUAUGAAAACCUUAAAUACUUUGAUCUACUUUUGAGGAAAGGUUAAGAGAGGACCUAUUCAUAGACAGGUGUCCAGACUGAAAUUUUACAGGACUUUGCCCUAACUUUACACUAACUCCCAGGCAAGGGUGAAAGCUAAAGCAAGAUGAAGUGCAUUACUUCUUAACAAUGAGUGUACCUGACACUGCUGUGAGUUUACAGAAUCACAGAAUAUUCUGAGUUGGAAGGCACCCAAGAGGAUCGAGUCCAGCUGAAGUUGUCUUAGUUCUCACUACCCCCCAAAUGCUUGAGUUUGUAUAUUGCAAAUAAAACUGUCGUAAUUCUGAGCUAUUGCUCUAUAUGACUAUCCUGAGCCUAAAUAACACAGGUUCCCUCUGCAUGUGCUGAGAUACCACGGAAGGUACCGAAUGGGACUUCUGACUGAGCAAUUUUUUUUUUUCUUCUUCACCUGUGCUAAUUUUGUAAAGAAUUAUUAUGUGUAUAAUUUUCAUUAUGACUGUCUGGUUAACUGCAGAGAAAAUUUUUUUUCUUUAGAGCAUACAGUGGAUGUGUCCAAAGUUAAUUUGUGCUUUAGAGUACCUUUUUGCUUCAGUUUAAUGCUAUAUGCCUGACCCCAAAAGAGAAGAGGUUAGGGAGAUGUUUCAACUUGGAGGAAGCUGUUAAAAAAACUGAGGGGUUCUUACUAGCCUUUUCAAAUUGUAGUGAUCUUCCAGGACUGUUUCAGAAAUGUUUCAACCAUAAAUACUAUUGUCUUGAAAGUGCUACUGCUCUGCCAGCACUGAUGAAUAAUUUGAGUAUUGUUACAGUACAGUACCCUGCUGAACAUUAUUUUGGUUAAUGUUACUAGAAUUUUAUUAUGGAGCUGCUAACUUGAUCCUAUAUACAAAUAAAAUAAAACCUUCUUGUGUAUGGUAAUAUAAUCUAUGGAUUACUUUCAUUUUCUAGAUAGUGACAUUUGGGACUUUUGGGAAUAAAUAAGAUCAUUUUUCUUCUGGCUGUUAUUCACCAACAAAACACAGCGAGUGGUGCCUGCUUCUGUGAUCCAUGUAAUGCCCAGGUUUUCCCCCAGGUCUUGCUCUCCCAAGUUGAUACAAGGUAGUUGGGGUGCUCUGGUACCAACCCUGGCAAAAUUACUGCAGCCUCAUUGCUGUUCCUGCUACAGUCCUGCCUGCUCCUGAAUGGGGUGCCCAUUGGUAACCUGGUCAGUUCUCCUCUAGCUGGAGUUUUAAGGUUGUGGCUGAAAGUGGAAGAAGGAUUCCCUUCUGCCCACUGCUGCUGUAUUUCAAAAUAAUUGUCAUUUAACCCCAGCUUUCCACAGAUGUUUUCACGGUCCCAGGAAGCAUGUGUCUGCAAAGGAAGAAACUAAGGUGGAAAAGUAGUCACAAGUGUGCGCUGUAGCUUGUUCACUUUGUUUUUUAGGAGCAGAUGGGUAUAGAAUUUUGUUGUGCACUGCCUUUUAGGCAGUGUGUACUUGACCUGUUUGCUUGCUUUAAAAGCAGCACUGUGUUCGCUUGAUCCCUGUUGGAGGUUUUUACUGCUUUUCUGCUACCCUGACGAACAGACUUACAGACCUUUAACUCCAUCAUCCUCUCCACUCACUGCCAGGAUGUGCUGUUUAAUCCUAGCAUCCUAAGCAAAAUAAGCUUCUUUGUUUCCCUAAAGAAAGAUGAAACAACUGAAAACAAGGAUGUAGAGUUACUUACAGAUAUGUAUAUGCAUAUGGAGAUAAUGGGAUGUCAGUCAUGGACAGUCAUGAUGGGCAAGGAUCACUGUGGAUUCCUGUCUCCUUGGUGUCCUUCUCACCCUUUCUCCGGUACGUGUUUACAGUCCAUUUUCAGUGUGUGGCCAUGUCCCAGGAACUGUGAGUUCAUCUAGAGAUGCCAUGAUGGAAAGAACAUAAUUUUUUUUUCCUCCAUUGUACGGCAUAAAAUGUCCAUCUUCUUUCUUGUCAGGUGCCUAUCCUUAAUUCAUUCCUUCUGUCUGGACCAGUGCUAGUGGUGACAAUUUAUAUUUUAAUAUUUUCUCCAGGAGUAAGUUAUUCUCCAUUUCGCUGGGUAGGAGCCCUUAGGGAAAUAUGGGACAAGGAGGAAGGCCACUGUCCAUGCGUGACAAACUUUCUGUACAUCCUAGACUGGAAUGCCAAAUUAUUGCUGCUGGGGACUGGUCUUUUGGUUUGUACACAGUCGCUGACCCAGGUAACUUGUCCAUUCAUGUCACUUCAGGUCAACAAAAGCUCUUUUUCCAUUUAGCAAAGAGAAAUUUAAUCAGGAAUGGCUGAUGUUGCAUCCGUGCAUAGCUAAUAAGUCCCACAAAUUAAAAGUUUCCUGUGUUGGGUUUCUAAGAAGCUUGCUGCCCUGUAAGACACAAGUGAAGAUGACAGAUUGUGGUGGUGCAUUCCCUCCUCCCUGGUGAUUCUUUAAGUGACCUUAAAACACUCAUUUGUGACACAAACAUGCAUCCAACUGCUGGAACUCCUGUCUUCCCCAUGGGACUGGGAUAGUGGUUCUCAGCACAACAGGCAGGGAUGCUCAGAAAAGCAAAGUUAAUCUUGCCGUGUAACUACCCCACCACUGGGAUAGGUUGUGUGUUGUACUGUUUGGUUUUUGACUUGUAUCAGCUCACAACUCUGAACCGUUCUGUAGCUUUGUUCGCUGAAUAAAAGAACUGUCCUGCCAAAGCCAUCUCUGAAUGGAUUGCUGCAGUCAUAUCACUUCUGUUGGCCAUCUUGCAGUCCUUAUUUCCCACCUCAGAUAUAAGAGCCUGUAAAAUGUCUUUUUCCUCGCUGUUACAUCUCAGCCAAAAAAUCUCAAAUGAAGUCCCGUUUACCCAUUUUAAUGGAUAAUGGCAUUGGUAGCUUAGAGAACAUGUUUAGCAAGUCUGAUAACUUGAUUUUGAAUGUUCUGUGAGAGUUUUUGCCAGUUUUCUAAGUCAGACAACGUUCAGUCAGGAAGCUGGCUUUCUUGUGUCUGCUGAAAAGAAGUUCCAUUUGCUAAGGUUGCGAAUGUUAGUUUUAAGUGAGAGUCAGCUGAUAGAGCUCCAGUUCUUCCUUUUAAACUUUUAAUCCUAUUUCUACCUGUUGAUUUUCUUUUUAGAACACCUGAAUUUUCAUAAUUUGAUUUAAAUUGUCCAUAUGUCCCAUUACAGCAUGUAACAUAAUAGAAAAAAAAAUCCGCUAGUAUAUUUUGAUACAUUGGACAUGCUUCCUGCAUCUGAAGUCAAUGGAUGAUGUUGAGAUCUGUUUGUUCAAUUGGAAAAGCAGAUUACUCUUUACAUCUGUAGAAAUGGACAGCAGCAGUUUCAUUCAGUUUGAUGUGCCCGAGUACAGCAACACUGUUCUGAGCCAGUUAAAUGAACUCCGCUUGCAAGGGAAGCUCUGUGACAUAAUCGUGCACAUCCAGGGUCAGCCGUUCCGUGCCCAUAAAGCUGUCUUAGCUGCCAGUUCUCCGUAUUUUCGUGACCAUUCAGCAUUAAGCACUAUGAGUGGCCUAUCUAUAUCAGUUAUUAAAAACCCCAAUGUUUUUGAACAGUUGCUUUCUUUUUGUUACACUGGAAGGAUGUCCUUGCAGCUGAAGGACGUUGUCAGUUUUCUGACUGCAGCUAGCUUCCUACAGAUGCAGUGCGUCAUUGACAAGUGCACGCAGAUACUGGAGAGUAUCCAUUCAAAGAUCAGUGUUGGUGAUGUUGAUUCUGUCACUGUUGGUGCCGAAGAAAAUUCAGAGAAUCGCAAUGGCGUUAAAGACAGCAGCUACUUUGCCAACCCUAUUGAGAUAUCUCCUCCCUAUUGCUCUCAGGUGCGACAGUCAACAGCAGGCAGCGAUCUUCGGAUGGAAACUACUCCAGGCAAAGCUCUUCGUAGUCGUCUGCAAGAAGAAGGGCAUUCAGACCGAGGGAGCAGCGGGAGUAUCUCUGAAUAUGAGAUUCAGAUUGAAGGUGAUCAUGAGCAAGGAGACCUGAUAGUAAGGGAAAGUCAGAUUGCAGAGGUGAAAGUUAAAAUGGAAAAGUCUGACAGGCCAAGCUGCUCUGAUAGCUCUUCCCUUGGUGAUGAUGGAUACCACACUGAAAUGGUGGAUGGAGAGCAGGUGGUGGCAGUAAAUGUUGGUUCCUAUGGGUCUGUCUUACAACAUGUUUAUUCAUUUACCCAUGCCUCAUCACAGGCUACAGGUGUGUCAGAAACCUUUGGAAGCCUGAGCAAUACAAGUCCUUCAAGGUCCAUGCUGAGCUGUUUCAGAGGAGGUCGUGCACGCCAAAAACGAGUACCUACAGGUCACUUGCAUAGUGAUGUCCAGGGCUUGGUGCAAGGGGCUGACAGUGAGUCCAUGGUGAGUAAUCCCGGAUAUGAAAAUAGUCCACGGGAAAGAAACGCAAGAGGUCAUUGGUAUCCAUACAAUGAGAGGCUAAUUUGUAUUUACUGUGGGAAAUCUUUCAACCAGAAAGGGAGCCUUGAUCGACACAUGCGAUUGCACAUGGGAAUAACUCCUUUUGUGUGCAAGUUUUGUGGAAAGAAAUACACCCGUAAGGACCAACUUGAGUAUCAUAUUCGUGGUCACACAGAUGACAAACCCUUUCGCUGUGAGAUCUGUGGAAAAUGCUUUCCUUUCCAGGGUACACUAAACCAGCACUUGCGAAAAAACCACCCAGGGGUUACAGAAGUAAGAAACAGGGUUGAGUCUCCAGACAGAACAGAAGCGUUUGUGGAACAGAAAGUAGAUAAUGAUGCUUCAGCUUCUGAAGCCAUGGAUUCUAGUAUGGAAAUUCAUGCAAUGUCUAAUGCAUCUGAUUAAAAUAUUACAUCUAAGUGCAACACAGACAAGCAUAUUACUAAUGUAUUUUUAAAGUAUUUUAUUAUUUUAGUAAUCAUCAGUACAAGUGUAACAGCCUUUUAGUUUUCCUGACCUUCUGGAAAUCAGUUAGAAAUGGUUUCUGGAGAAGACUACGAAAGUAUUCUUUGUUUUUGAAGGAGGCUGAGUUCUUUGGGUUUUUUUUUUUAUUUGAAGAUGCUCAGAGUAUAAAGACAGUAUACUGGGGAAAGGAAAGGAAGAGUCUGCUGAAGUGUCCCUGCUGAUUGAUCUGGCGAGACAAAAAUGCCAGUGGGGACAGGUAUUAGAAUAAAGUUGGCAGCUCUGCUGAAUGCUCAGAGAAGCUGUAAUUUCCUUUAUUUCUUAAAUCCUGUUGCUGGUAAUGAGUUAUACAGCAGUGGGGAGAGAGAAUAUUACAGCUUUGACUCCUCUCGCGUCACAAUGAAAUCUGUUCGCUCUUACUAACUGGUUUUGGUAGUGAGUCUGUUUAUAUAUAUAAAUUUGCUUUAUAUAUAUAAAAUGCUUUCACUUUCCCUAUUCUGGUUGAGGUGAAUGUAAAAGUAUGUCAAGACUGAUACCAUAUGCCACUCUAUCAACUGUUAGUACUCCUCUCUGCUUAGGGUUUAGAACUUCGUACUUUGGGAGGAUGGUUUUGGUUUUAAAUGAAUGUUGUUUGGUUUUCAUUUUAUUAAACUAUUACUUUGUGUGCAAAAGUGAGCAAAGUGAAUUACCUUGUUUUAAUAGCUUUGCUUUAUAACAUAUGUAAACCAAAUGCCAUAAAUCUAUUAAACUAUGGUUAAAUUGUUGAAGGGUUUUGUUAGUUGUCUAGAAUGCAAGCUGGACAACCUGUGGUGCUGACCUUUUUAUAUAUAUAGAGAUAGAUAUAUCUAUAUAUCUAUAGAUAUACACAUAUAUAUAUAUAUAUUAAAAAAAAAAAAAAAAAGAAAAAAAAUAUUAGCAAACCUAAAAGUAGCAUUGUGGUCUAAAGUGUGUUUUUACUGGCCUCAGAAUCUACCUUCAUUUCGUACUGUAGAACCAUACCAGGUAAUUAAACUUAACUUCAUCACUCUUCAUGGUUGGUUAAAACAUGAGAGAGAUGUAGUUUAAACCACAGUAUUUCCAAGCAGUAUUUUAAUAGGUCUCUUCACAGAGAGCUGUUUUCAGGUGCACAUUGACUUCCUACUUAAAUCUCCGAGUGAUAUGCCAGCACUUGGAAUUUGUACUUUUUUUGUAUAGAAAAACAAAUACUCUAUGGGAAUUUUGAGCAAUAUGUUAUUUCAUGUGUGAGUAUUACAGAGUUGAUAUGGCUUCUCUGUUUUCUCAGUGUUUUUUUCCUCCCUAAAGGAGCUACCAACAACUUUAAAAAUACUCUAAUCUUUUUUGUUUCACCAAAUACGUGUUUUUAAUAUGGUGCUAACUUCAUAAUUUAGGUCAGUAUAAUAUAUAAAAUGUGAAACAUAAUCAUAAUGGCUAAGAAGAAAGAAUCCCCAAAAAUAGACAAACAAAAGCCCCCCCUACGCAAACCAACCCCCCCCCCCCCCCCCAAACCCCCAACCAAACAACAAAACAAAACAAAAAAACCCCUCAAACAAAAAAAACCCCAUACCCCAAAAAACGCAAUGGCUUAAGAGACCUCAAAAGCAUGGACUGGCAAACACUACUGUUUAAGAUUCUACCUGAAUUCUACCUGAUGAACAGAAUUAAUUAUUAAAUUAAUCACAUACUUCCUUAGAAUACAGAUUUUAUAUUAUUUGGUCUUAUGUUUGUUUAGCUGAUACUGAAAAUACCUUUGUGACUGUGCUGUCUAACUCCCAAAAAUUAGAAAAUAAAAGCUCAUUUCUAAAUUAUUGGAGAGAAAAUGGUAGGUUUGCUGUCUAUUAAAACAUUUUGGCUCCUGUGAAGCUGGGGCAUAUUUGUGCAGUAGCUUUAUUAAAUACACUAGUUCUUAUUAUUGUGACAGUCUGCAAUAAGAAUUAAUCUCUCAAACAUGGAUUUAUGGUAUAACCCCCCCCCGGUCCAUUGGAGCAGUUUCAGUUAAAUUGAGUACAUCAUUUGCCUCUUUGUCCUAAAACUGCCUAAAUAAAGAGGCAGGGGGUGGAGAGAUGUUUCUGUCCUAGAAUCAACAACAGAAAUUUUGUUUCCAGUAAGGGAAGGGAUAGUCUGUGUCUAGGGCAGGUAGCCUGUAUGUUUACCCACCUAAAAACAUGGUGUUUCUGAUACAGUUUUUCCUUGAGUGUUUGUUUUAAGUAAUUAAUGCAAAAAGUGUGUUUUGGUAAUUUAAGUUUGAGACAUGCAAAAUCCAAGAAAUGUACAGUUAUUCUUAACCCUUUAUCUUGAACCUGUGCUGUGGUGCCUUUGGUGUGACUUUUUCCCUGGAAGGAUGAGUUGAGGAUAGCAGGAUAUGGGUACAAAUUUUAUAUUUCUUGAAUUUCUCUGUGUCACAAUCUUAGCAUUAUUUAAAUCUAGUUCUUUGUAUUUGUAAAUGUAUUAAAAUGGUUUGAGUUUACCAAAGAGUGACUUAUCCAAAAUUGUCUCAGACAAAAGCAAACAAAAAACCAUCACGUUGAUUGUACAGGUUCAGGUUCAGAACAUUGUAACAGACUGUUAAGGGGCAGGAAAUGAUCCAUUUUUCUACAAACCCACGAUUCAGCAGUGUGCAAGUCCUGUGUGCCCCGGCUGGCGCCGGGCGCGCCGUGCCCUCCCCGCCCGGGCAGCGUUCCUGAUUGCCAAGCCAUAGCUCCGGCCGCCCUGGGCUCGGGCAGGGCCCGGUGCGCAGCUCUUCUGAGCACCGCCGUCACCCCUGGCAGCAGCAAUCCCACUGUGCCUUGUCACAUAACGGGGUGCCAGGAUCAACACGGUCACAGACACGAGGCAUGACCUGAUGAAGUUUAUGUCACCAGGCCACCCAGAAGGAGGCCAUUACUUUAGCAAAUGAUGGAAAUACUGUACAAUGUCUCGUGUCUGUGCAGUUCUCAGCACAGAGCUGUUAACACAUUUCAUUUACAAUAAAUGCAGAAGUCAAUAAAAUGUGUGAAGAAAUAUUUGACAGCAAAAUAAGUAAUGAAAUUAUACAGGCUGGUUCAUAAUUGAGUCUCUUCUUAAUCUACCUUUUUAAAUCUAGACAAAUGUGAAAACAGUGACAGUGUCCUUUCCUCUAGAUGCUUAACCUAUUCUGACAAACUGUGAAAAUAAAGGAUUUUAUACCUUUGCUAAUGUUUCUGCUUUUAAAGUAUUUUACUGGUUUUAAACUAUUUUAGUUUUCUUUAUCAGUUAUCUUCCCUAUUAUUUCUUUUAAACUUGUAAAUACAUUUAGAAAAUAGCUUUGUAAAUACUUACAGUAUAUUGAAGGUUCAGUUUGGUCACUAAGGCCUCAAGAUUGGCUCUGCUUUCUGAGUGUGAAAUCUUUCUGUAGCAUAAAGGAUACUGUCCGUUCACUGUCAGCAGGGUAGACUGUCGGCCUAAAUUUAGAGUUUUAAUGUAGUCUUCCCCAGCAUAAAUUCAUGUUUUAUGCUGAAGCCUUUGGUUUACUUCUAGACAAAAUGAUGAGGCCUCUUAAUAUGUUUAGGCUGAAUUAUGGGAAGAACAACAGGAAUAAAAUCAAGGGCUGGGAAAAUAUUGAAUAAGCUUUACCUUUAAAUAUAUAUAUAUUAUUUGAAUUUUUGUAUUAGUUUACUGUGAUUCUUUUAUUGUCAUUUUUCUAAACGGGUUUCACAUGAAACCAUUGAAAGGGACUCAAAUAUGCAACACCUAAUCUAUUUUCCAAGGGAAUUUUACCCUUGAAUGGUGCUUUUUGACUGGUCAGGGUUAUUUAUUAAAUUUUAUAUUUGAAAGUAUUUGGGGAAUUAUGUAAAUUCUUUAUAUGAAUCUCUUUAUUUCAUGAAUUGUAAAUUUCAUAAUACUCAGUGAUCAAAUUGGAAGUUUAGUAAAGUCAUUCAAAAUGUUCAAACUUUAUAAUCUGUGUGCAUUUUACAUAUAUUUUAUCAAGUGCCAGAAUAGUUGUAUUUAAUAUUGUAGAUUUAAUACUACUUGCACAUCCCUGUGGCAGCAUUAACUUAAGUUGCGCAAGUUUACAUUAAAAAAAAAAAAAAAGCUAAACAAAUAAGUAAGCCUGGGACAUGUGUUCCUGUAUUUCUUCAGGGGAUGUGAAGCCACGUAUCACUGACUGAGCAGGUUCGCUUCUUGCUCCUGUAGCUCACUCCUGCCACGGCAGAUACAGAACUGCUGACUCUCCAUUCCCACAGGCCAGGGAUUCAGCCUUUGGACUCAAACCGAGCCUCUGGUUGUAGAUCUGGUUAGAGGUAGAGCUCUUGCACGAUUUUAACAGUGUUUGUUUCUGACUGAAAAGUUGUAUUUUUAAAUAACUUUUAUUUGUAUGGUUAUUUUUCAAGAUAAAUAAUUGAACAGUUUGAAUGACUUGACUUGGUGUCAUUAUCUUGCAAUAUAAACCGGGAACCUCACACCUCUGCACUUCAUCGCCACGUGAAGUAAAUGAAGCUAGCUAAGCUGAUGCUGUAACAAUUAGUAACUUGCCAUUAAGGAUUAUUUUAUAGCAUGAACUUUAAAAUAUUUAUUCAAAUGAUAUUUUACUCUUGUAUUCACUUUGUUUUUAGAUUUGUGACAUGAAUAUUUCUGUGCUGCUUUAUUUUGUUCUGAUGAAUUUGUUUCUUGCUUGUAAAUUGCUUUUUUUAUGGUAUAAAGUCAAUCGGAAUUGCUGUUUGUAAAUUAAAAUGCUUCUAGAGCAAA